UGGUGGUUCCAUGGCAACCGUCAAAGACGCGGAGCGGAGAAGUAGUGAGAAGUGCGAACGGAGAGGGGAAGCAAUCGGUGGUGUCAUCAAGGACAAUUUAUCCCGGGGUCUCGGUGGGCAGAGAAAAGCAUGGCGGAGGAGAAGGCGGAGAAAAGCCUGACGGACGAAAAUGCGUUUGAAGCGCUGGAGAAAGACUUCCAGGAGGUGCUCGGCGAACUUACCGGCGACAAAGGCCUGGAGAAGUUUCGCGUGGAAUACGAGAAGCUGCACGCCGUCUUGAAAAAAUCCAAUGAGAAUGAAAAGCGUCUGAUGGACAAAUGUCGGGAGCUGAACUCCGAGAUCGUAGCCAACUCCGCCAAAGUGGCCACAGCGCUCAAGAUUUCUCAGGAGGACCAGACCACCAUCGCAUCUCUGAAGAAGGAAAUAGAAAAAGCAUGGAAGAUGGUGGACACGGCCUAUGAGAAGGACCAAAAAGCGAAAGAAACCAUCAACUCCCUGAAAGGCGAGAUUAACAAUUUGUCCAAACUGGUGGAGCAAGGAUCUGGGUUAUCCAUGGGGCAGGAGCACAGUUUAAAUGAGUUACUGAGUGUCAAGGAGGAUCUGGCAAAAGAGAGAGACCAACUGCUAUCCGAAGUAGUAAAGCUGCGCGAGAAUCUAAUGCAAGCGGCCAAUCAGCAGCAGGAGGCAGAGAAAGAUAAAGAGAAGUUGGAGCAGAACAUGUCUCAGUAUCAGCAGGAAAUACAGGUGCGUCAGAAUGAGGCGUCUCGGGAAGCUCGUAAGAAAGAAAAGCUGGAGAAGGACCUGAAAAAUGUGCAGAGUGAGUUGGACAAUAAGCAGUCCGACAUUAAAUCCUUACAGUCAACGUUACAGAAAAACAAGGAGGAACUUCAGAAACUGGAACAGCAACUCAAAGAAACAAAGAUCCUGAACGAGAGAGUCACCAAAGAGCUGGAGCAAUUCCAGAUCAGAACCACCAAACUCCAACAGGACAACGAGCAGCAUGGCAUCACCAAUGAGCAGCUGACCCAGGAGAACCAGCAGAAGCAACUAGAAUUAAAGUCUAGAGAAGAUGAAGUCAGCCAGAUGAGGCAAGAGAUCUCCAAACUUUCCCGAGCCAGAGAGUCCAUGCAAAGGAAGUACAGACAAAUGGAAGAGCAGAAGAUCGAGGUGGAGCAACAGAGGGAGACCCUGAAAAAUCAAAUUACUGGACUUGAGAGAGAGCUGGAGUCUGCAAAAAAACAAACUGAACUCGAUAAGAAGGCAGUAGACGAUCUGGUGAGAGAAAGGGACAUGCUAAACAAGAACCUUCUGAAAGCGGCCGGUGCCACCCAGAAGCAGCUCAACUUGGUGAAACUCCAUGAGCAGUCAAAAAAUAAUCUGGAGGAAGAAAUCAAUAAUUAUAAAGAAGAGGCCCAGAAACAGAGGAAGAUUAUCUACCAGCUGGAGAAGGAGAGGGACCGCUACAUCAAUGAGGCCAGCGAGCUGACACAGAAGGUUCUCCAGCACAUGGAGGAUAUUAAGGUUCGGGAGAUGCAAAUCUUUGACUAUAAGAAGAAGAUGGCAGAGGCAGAUACUAAGUUGAAGCAACAGCAGAACUUGUAUGAAGCUGUGAGAUCAGACCGCAAUCUGUACAGCAAAAAUCUAAUUGAAGCUCAGGAUGAGAUUACAGAAAUGAAGAGGAAGCUGAAGAUCAUGAACCAUCAGGUGGACCAGCUGAAAGAAGAGAUUUCCUCCAAAGAGAUCUCCAUUGCGAAGAUGUUCCUCGACCAUCAGCGUACAGAGAAAGAAAAAGAGUCUAUUAGGGCUGAAUUGCAGAAAUAUAAACAGCAAGCGAAUGAGACACAGCAACUGAUUGACAGCCAGAAGGCGGAAGAGAGGAGGCUCUUGAAAAUUCUGUCUGAUGCUGACGCAGAGAGACUUCGGCAGAAGAAAGAACUCGAUCAGGUGAUCAGCGAGAGGGAUAUUUUAGGCACCCAGCUGGUCCGCAGGAACGAUGAAUUGGCUUUGCUGUAUGAGAAGAUUAAAAUCCAUCAAUCUAUCUUAAAUAAAGGAGAAACUCAGUACAAACAGAGGGUGGAUGACAUCAGACUGCUCAAACUUGAGCUCAAGAAGCUGAGGAGAGAGAAAGGAAUCCUCACCAAGACUGUGGCCAAUGUUGAUGACCUCAAGUGGGAGCUCUAUCACAUGCAGCAGGAGCUGCUAAAAGAAAGGACGCGGUGCAGAGCCUUGGAGGAGGAGCUGGAGAACCCUAUGAAUGUCCACAGAUGGAGAAAACUAGAGGCCAGUGACCCCAGCACCUAUGAGCUCAUCCAGAAGAUACACACUCUGCAGAAACGUCUCAUUAGCAAAACCGAGGAGGUGGUGGCGAAGGAGCUGCUGCUACAGGAGAAAGAAAAGCUCUAUGUGGAGUUGAAGCUCAUUUUAGCACGACAACCAGGACCAGAAGCUGCUGAGCAACUGCAAAUCUAUCAACAGACAAUACGGGAAAAGACAAAACAACUAAAGGCUCUGUCAUCAGAAGUGAACAUGUACGAAUCCCAGAAUCGGGAAUAUAAGUAUGAGGUUGAGAGACUGGCCAAUGAGCUUCAGAUCGUGAAGAAGAAAUACCUUGCCCAAAAACGCAAAGAGCAACAAGCCGGGGAAAAGGAGAGAAGUAUGAUGGACACAGACCCACAGUAUCUUCAGCCGCAAAGAAUGGAUGUGCCCCGAUUUACAGGAGGGGGAUUCCCCCUCAGCCAUGCCCCCAGAAUUUCAUCCUAAACUACUUUCUUCUGUCCUAUAACUUAAGGCGGCCAUACACGGUUCGAAUUUUGAAUGAAUUUUCUUUCGUAAAUCGUAUGAAAGAAUUUUCCUUCGUAUUUCGCACCGUUGCAGUAACAGACGAUUUUCGUGCGCCAAACAAAUUUGAGAAAUCCGACAUGUUGGAAAUUUUUUAAAAAACAAACGAUUUUCUGAUCAAUGAUGGGAGAAUCG